AUGGAACAGUUAGACGACGAAAUUAAAAGCUUUCAACCCUUUCAGUCAGAAUUAUGCUUUCAUAACGGGAAUCUGCUGAGGGGAAAUAAAAUUGUUAUUCCCACAAAGCUCAGACAAUCAGUCCUUCAAGCAGCUCACGAAGGCCACCCCGGCAUAGUAGCAAUUAAAAAUCGACUGCGAACUAAGGUAUGGUGGCCUAAAAUAGACGGAGACGCGGAAAAGAUUGUUAAAACUUGCAAAGGUUGCACCUUAGUUUCGGCUCCGAAUGCUCCUAACCCUAUGAAAAGACGCGAACUACCUACAGAAGCAUGGGUAGAUGUCGCAUUGGAUUUUUUAGGUCCAUUACCUAGUAACCAUUACCUUCUGGUAAUAAUAGAUUAUUUUAGUCGCUAUAAAGAAAUCAAGAUCAUGACUCCCAUAACGGCCACUACUACAAUAAAAGUUUUACAAGAAAUAUUUUCCCGCCUAGGAUUUCCACAGUCAAUUACAGCAGAUAAUGGAGAACAAUUUCAAUGCAUAGAAAUGAUUGAAUUUUGUAAAAAAUCUGGAAUUAGAUUAUUUCAUACUAUACCUUAUUGGCCCCAACAAAACGGAGAAGUGGAACGACAAAAUCGUGACAUCCUUAAACGAUUAAAGAUAAGUAAAACUUUAAAGACUGACUGGAAACAAGAUCUAUUGGAAUACUUGAUGAUGUAUAACGCUACUCCCCACUCAACAACUGGAAAACCACCGGCAGAACUAUUUUUCGGAAGGCAGUUCAGGGAUAAAAUUCCUACAAUACAAAAUUCAGAGAGAAGUAUACUUAGAAAAGCUAAAGAAAGUAAUAUCGAGGGUGGAGAUAAAGUAUACAUAAAAAAUACUGUAAAAGAAAACAAACUCACGUCAAAUUUUAACCCAAUACCCCAUACGGUAAUAGAAAAAAAUGGCACUGAUUUAAGUCUCCAAAAUGAUGAAACGGGGAAACAAAUAAGGAGGAAGGUUCAUUUAAAAAAAGUAGAAGGAGAAUGGAAGGUACUUGAUAAUUCAGAAAGUGGCGAAAAUUGA